GGUUUCAUUGGUUUCCUUAGGAACUGGGAAGCAAAUCCAAGAGCCAUGCCGACCCCUUUAGCCCCACUGGAACCAUUGGAUCUCCAAAGAGAUAUCCUCGACCUGCGAGAAGAGCUGCAGAUGAGCCUUCGGAGGCUGGAAGCUCGUCUCCGCAGACUGGAGACGCGCGGACUGGAGGAUGAUAAUGGCGAUGAGAGGGUGGAGAUGAAGGUGGAGGAGAAGUUGCAACCAGAUCAUCGAGGUGCAGAGCUAGAAGCCGAAGAUGUCAUUUCAAAACAGACAAUGCAACAAUCUGAUCACCUGUCAGAGCAGGAAGGCCAGUUUCAAUUUGGGGCGAGCGCAUGGACUUUCCCUUUUGUCAUUGGUUUGGUUCCGGCCGGUCGGUGGGAUGUGACCUUCUCAAUUCUGCUGUUGCUACUGAAUUUGGGUAUGCAGGCAGCAUUCACAAUCAUCAUUUCGACGGAUGAUUUCAGGGGCAUCCCCUUUUGGCAUCAAAUCAACUAUGCGAAGCGAUGGCGCAUCAGUAUGGCCCACGACUAUCAAUAUUUGGACAUGGCUGGGAGGAGCUUGGUGUCGCGCGUUUGCGCGAUGGAUGGGGCGUUGAUUCUAUCCACCACCCAAGCCAGCCUGGUGGAGCAGAUCAACAGCUUUUUGGGAUUGCAGGAAGGUGAGUUUGAGGUCCCAUUUUUCCAGCCAGGAUUAUUGCUCUGUAUGCUGUGUAUCCUCUUUUGGAGCCUUUGUGUCUACAAGGAGUACCGCAACAUUUGGCUGGGUUUGGAGGUGGUGUGGCAAAUUCCCCGCUCUGACCAGUCGAUCUUCCGCGACAAUACAUUGCGCAGUAUCUGCAAAGUUCGCUUCAAGGCCCUGUUAUUCACAUAUUUGGCACGCGCCGCCAUAGCCACGCUACUUCUUGGCGCAGGAAUUCAGUGGCUUGCUGGUACCACGUCCAUCACUGAGUUGAUGCUCAAUUGUGUGGCACUGAAUGCAAUCCUGGAUAUAGAUGAGUUUUUGUUUGCCGGCUUCACUCCAAUCUCGAUUCAGCUGGCGGUGCAAAACUUGAAACCUGUGAAGAUGAAGUACAGUCGACGGCGAAGCCAGCUUGAGAGCUUUGGCUUGCUGAUUCUGCUGAUCGGCACACUGCUUUUACCCUACUUUCUCUUAUUGCAACCGCUAGCCGAAUCGAUGAUUGCUGUGAAAACAGAACUCUGUGGUGGCAAUCAAACCUUCGUGGUAGGACUUAAUUCAGAGACCCAGCAAGCUAUUGCACUUGUGACAAAAACUGGCUUCGACGCUCCGAAUCUCACCAUCACUGAACUGGCGGUUGACAGGCACACAUUCGACACAAGAUCCAAAGAGCCAUACCCAUACCUCCUCUACUUCGCUGCCAACGCUCUCGCCUUUGAUCAGAACCUCAAACGGGACAUGACUGCAGAAGUGACGCAAUGGGGUUUGUGCAUCGAGACAGAGGUUUUGCAGCCGAGUGGCCCUCUCUACGGAGAUCCUGUCAUUCAGCCUUUGGUGAAACUGAUGCUGCGGAAUGCAGCUGUCAGCCUGGGCGUAGUGGAUGUUGAUGCUAUCGGCUGUGCUGACUUGCAGUUUCUUUGCUCUCUCCCCGAUGCGCGGCUGCUGCGAAUGGUUUGUGGUUCUACAUGUGGAUGCAAUAAUCCUUAUGCCUCGGCUUGGCAUAAGGUGCCAUCGCAGGGGUGCAUGCCAGCCUGCCUGCAAUAUGCCACUGCUCAGCUAGCGGCAUCAACUUGCGAAGAUCGAAUCGUAGCAGAGGAGUGGGAACUCUCUUGGAACAUCUACUCAGAUGCCAUGUCUGCCUUUUACAGCACUGAGUUUAGCACAUCGACGGUCUAUGAGUCUCUGCUAAACCUGUCCAUCACCAUGAAGUCCACGGGCUGUUCUGCACUGAAGAACCCAAACUUUGAAUCUGAAAUUAUGACACGAACACGCUGGUGUGAAGGCCACCCAGGGUUGUUUCGGCCUCUGGCUGGGCAGUGUCCGGUAUCCUGUGGCUGCGUCGGGGCAAGUCCAUUACCAGUGUAUUGUCCUAUUAGCUGCGCAAAUGUGACAUCUCCAUGACACAUUGUGGCUUUAGCACUGCCAAGCAGUGUCAUCACAUGCCGGAUUGACCUUAUGCAGUGUCAUCAUGUGCCGGAUUGGCCUUAUGUAC